AUGAGAAGUCUCAGUUGUCAUUUAUGGAAUAAAAUUAAAAUUUAUAAAAAGCAAAUGAAAAUUAAAUCGUAGAGAGAUGUCAAGAAAAAAAAAAUGAAAGAAAAACAUUAUUAGAAAGAAAAGGAAAUGGAAGUGGAUGAAGAUGAAGAUGAUGAAGAUGAAGAUUAUAGCAGAAGUAUUCGUAGAAGCAGUAUUAAAAGAAAUAAGUAGAUACCACAGGAAGAACUAGAUAAACAGCAAGAAAAUCAACAGCAAAAGGGUAAAAUUAGAGCUUGUAGAUAUGAAUCCAUGCGCUCUAAAUUAGUUUAAACUUUUUAAAAUGUUGAAGCUACUAUAGAGUACUGUGAAAAGCAUUAUAGUACAAUGUAUCCAGCUAAUAUAUCUAAACUUGAUAAAGUUAUUUAAAUUGCUAAGGAAAAAACAUUUUAAGUUUAUGAUUAACAACCAAAAUUUAAUCUAGAAAAUAUAAAUGACGUAUUAUCAAUAGAUAAUAAUUAAGAUAUUUUAAAUUAUAUUGAAAAUAAAAAUAUUUUCAACAUAAAAUAAUUUGAUCCUAAAUUAUUGUAUCAUAAAUUUAAUGAUCAAGUUUUUUAUAAUCAAGUUAUGUAAAUUUAUAGAAAAAGAAAGUUUUACGAUUAUGACAUAAUAAGCUUAAAAUAAAUUAAAAAGUAAGUUUAUACAUUGUAAAUGUUUAUUAUUUGAAAUUAAUUCUAUUAGAAUCCUAGAAUAUUUUCCACUUAUAAUUAAACGAGUACAUUAACUAUAAUAAGGAGAAAUAAUAUACUAAAUGUAUAAUUUAGAAAAUAAUAUAGUAAAUACUUAAUUUAUCUUUUAGAAAUUCUCAACAGUGGAUAAAUUAGUUCUCAUUUAUUAUUUAUGGUUAUAAGAAAGAGUCAAUGAAGCUGUUUAGAUUUUUUCAUAAAUCCCUGAAGCAGAAUAAUAAGAAUAAUAGUUAUAAUUUGAUUAUUUAUCUGCUUAUCUAGACUUUUACACUGGAUAUCCUAAUUUUUAAAAAGGAAGAGAUAUUUGUAAAAAGUAUUUAAGUUAUCCAGUUAUACAUUGGAGAAAUCUAUUUUAUGAAAUGAUUAAUUUAUUAAUUGAAUAUGACGGAGAAGAGGACAAUCAAUUUAAUAAAUUAGGAUAAAUUUAAUAACAAUAAUAAGAAAUAAUUAAAAAGGAAGAAACUCUUCCAGGUUCAAUAGAAGGUGACUCAAUUAUUAUUACGUUCUCAAAUUUGCCAGAAGUUAAAAUAUAAUACUAUACAUUGGAUAUUGAAAUUUUGUUUUCAAAUAAUCCAUUUAUGAAGAACAUUAUUCAAGAUUUUUCAAUUGUACUUCCAAAUGUAUGUGUAACGCAUAAACUUGAAGGAUAAGAAAUUUAAAAGAAGUAAAAAAUAAAUUUAAUAAUUUAGUUUAUUUUAAUAAAAAAUUAAAAUACUUAAUGAAAUAUAAAAAGAGAAUUUAUUUGUAACAAUAAAAAGGUUAAAAGAAGUAGGUAACUUGUAAGUAUUAACCAAAAAGUUUGUUUGUCUAAACAAUGAUAGACUCUGGUUAAAUAAGAGUAUUUAAUUAAUAAGGAUAAUAAAGAUAUAUAAUAAAUUCAUUAAAUUGUACUUCUCUAAAGUUUAUGUAAAAGUUUAUUAAAAAAACAAAAAUGAUUAAGAACCGUUCCAUAAAGAUGGAUAUACAGAUUUAAGAGGAAGAUUUGAUUAUGCUUCACUUAGCUCUUCAAAUAUUAAUGAUAUAUCACUUAGUUUUCUAUCUCGGUUUAUCAUGAAGAAUUAGGUAAUUCAAAUUUAAUAAUAUUUUAGGAAAAUUAUUUAAUAAGUAUCACCUCCUCCAACAUUACCAUAAUAUCAAAAAGAAAUUCAAUUAAUUGGAAACAAAUGGAGAGAAUAAGAAUAAGUUGAGUGUUAAAUUAAUUAAAAAGAUAGCAAAAUAGGUCUGGACUGGUAAAGGAGGUAAAGGAGGUAAAGGAGAAAAAGGAGUUGAAAUAGACAGAUAGAAGAGAUAUGAAGAUUGA